AUGGCCUCUUUCUCUUCCUUCUCAAUCCUUCUCUUCGCCCUGGCUCUUGGCUCCGCCAACGCUCUUGCUCUCAAGGUCAGCAAACUUUUCCAGACAAAAAAGCGAGUGAUAGUUUCAGACUGCCCCAAAACUCACUUCGAACCCGAUCCUCAAGAUCGGCGACUCGCCGCAGGACACCAAAAUCCGCACCGGGGACCGUCUAGAGCUCAGAUGCUCGGUGAUCACUACCCCGAUGGCAAGCAUCUACUGGACCAAGGACGGAGAGCGCGUUCAGGGGGAGACGGCGCCGGACGUGACCGACUUGAUUGCGAAUGAGGGAAAAGAUGUCGGUGUGACCGCGAACAUGGACUCGGUCUUCGUGGUCCCCUGUGCAACCGAGGACGACGCCGGGACCUACGUCUGCCACGCCACCAACAAUCGCGAGACCGUGAAGGCCGAAGCAGAAGUCGUCGUUGGUGAGUAAAUGGAAUCAGAUAAUAGGGAAUAGUGGGUAAUUUCCAGAAGGAGCUCACUCGAAGCACUGCAAGCACCACCACAGACACCCGGCCCCAGUGAUCACCUUCUGGUCUUCGCUCCGCUUCGAACGGCUCGGCAACACCGUCGUGCUCACGUGCCGUUCCGACUCUUCCGUGCACUGGGAAGCGGAUGGAGAACCGAUCGAGGACCCGCGGAUCUCGCAGCUCACGAACGGGGAUCUGCAGAUCGAGGGAGUCGUGAAGGAGGACCAGAAGGAGUACACGUGCGUCGCCAACAACGAAUACGGAGAGCACGCCGUAGAGGUGUACCUCUAUGUGACCGAGAAGAAGAAGAAGCACUGA